AUGUCCACUACUCUUAUCUUACUGACCACUAUUACAGUUCUUGUAAGUCUACUAUUUUACCAUGUCAAACGUAAACUCAAUUAUUGGCAAGAUCAAAAAAUACCUCAUCAAAAACCCAGUCUAAUAGUGGGCAAUUUUCAAGGCCUGCGCAAGAGCCACAGUAUGGCGGAAAUUUUUACUCAACAUUAUGAGCAAUUUAAAGGUACCGGACCCUUUAGUGGUUUCUAUUUUAUACAUCGUGCAGCAGUCGUAGUAUUGGAUAAACAGUUGAUGAAAAAUAUUUUAAUCAAAGAUUUCAAUAAUUUUACCAAUCGGGGUUUAUACAACAAUGUGAAAGAUGACCCUUUAACAGGGCGCCUAUUUUUACUAGAUGGAGCGGAAUGGAAAAAUAUGAGAAAUAAACUAUCGCCUACAUUUAGUUCGGGUAAAAUGAAAGGCAUGUAUGAAUUAGUAUUAAAACAAGCCGAUCAAUUGAUAGAAGUGGAACAAAAUCCCGUAAUGGAAAUAAAAGAUAUUAUGGCCCGCUUUACCACCGAUGUUAUAGGCUCUUGUGCUUUUGGUAUUAACUGCAAUAGUUUAAGAGAUCCCCAGGCCGAGUUUCGUGUUAUGGGUUUACGUUCCUUAAAUGAACGCAGACAUGGCCCUUUAAUAUCGGGCUUUAUGCAGGGCUUUCCAGAUUCAGCUAGGAAACUGCAUUUACGUUCUAUACCAGAUGAUAUCAAUGAUUUCUUUAUGCGUAUUGUUCUUGAAAUUCUAGAAUAUCGUGAGCAAAAUAAUAUCUCUAGUAAUGAUUUUUUGGGUAUUUUAACUAGUAUGAAAAAAGAGACGGGAGUUAAGUUAACAAUGGAACAAAUGGCAGCUCAGGCUUUUGUAUUCUUUUUGGGAGGUUUUGAAACAUCGUCUUCAACAUUGGGUUUUGCUUUAUAUGAAUUGGCUUUGCAGCAGCAAAUACAAGAUAAUUUAAGACAGGAAAUCAAAGAGUCUUUUAAAGGAAACAAUAUUGAGUAUGAAGCCCUGCACCAACUGAAAUUUAUGGGUCAAAUUAUUUCAGAAACUUUACGCAAAUACCCUGUAAUACCUCUCAUAACUCGGCAGGCCUUAAAUGAUUACCCGAUUCCUGACUAUCCUGGUUAUGUCAUCAAAAAAGACAUGCCCGUCUUUAUACCCAUUUACGCUUUUCACCAUGAUGCUAAUUAUUAUCCAGAACCGGAAAAAUUUAAACCCGAAAGAUUUGCUUCUACGGAAGAUGCUUCCAAAGAUUCUCUUACCUGGCUACCAUUUGGUGAGGGUCCUCGCAAUUGUAUUGGUUUACGUUUUGGUCUCAUGCAAACUAGAGUGGCUUUGGCUUAUCUUUUAAAACAUUUUAAAUUUUCGGUUUGUGAGAAAACUGAAGUACCUUUAGUUUUUUGAUAAGACGUCGGUGCUUUUGUCUGCUAAGAAUGGUAUUUUUUUGAAAACUGGAGAAAAUAUUGUAAAUUCAAUUAGAUAUUU